CCGGACUGGAAGGGGGGGGAAAGUGUCCGGACUGGAAGAGGGGGGAAAGUGUCCGGACUGGAAGAGGGUGAAAGUGUCCGGACUGGAAGGGGGGUGAAAGUGUCUGGACUGGAAGAGGGUGAAAGUGUCCGGACUGGAGGGGGGUUGAAAGUGUCCGGACUGGAAGGGGGGGAAAGUGUCCGGACUGGAAGAGGGUGAAAGCGUCCGGACUGGAAUGGAGGGUGAAAGCGUCGAGUCGCUCCGGACAUGAAGUGACAGCAAUUGGCAGGAUGGAGCAUUGUCACCCUAUCACAGGAAGUGCCUAAACAUGGCAGGAUCACAAAGG